UGAACCCUGCCCAUUUUUUCUAACCUGAAUUGAUAUGCCAAAAUAUCAAUCACCACCAUUGGACUGUCUUUCUGUGCAACUGAUGGGCUAACCAAAUGGUGAGAAAAGGGCAGGUGAAUGCCAGACAGUUGUCACAUUUCAUAGGAGCGGGCCUUGCUGAUGACCACCAGCAGCAGGAAGAAGUGCAGGAGCAGGAGCUACAUGUAGAGGGAGGGCUCCAGGACAGCAUGGAGCACAGAGAUGGAGGUCCAAGACAGCUCUCUCAUGAAGCCCAGCCAUACCAUGGGGACGAGAGCCUCCUUCGCAGGAGCUACGGUGGAUUCGGGGUCAACAUGCAUCCACAGGGCAUUCCUCUGGGGUACAGACCCAGCGAAGAAGCGCCGCAGCGUGAGGACCCUCGAAACGCGAUCCACCGUCCAUACGAGCAGCGGGAAGUGGUUAACGUCCACCAGCCUGUGGAGCCUGUGAGAUGGAGCAGGGAGGAGGAGCCGGGGUACGAUGAGAGCAACAAGCAGCUAGCAGUUGCACAGAUGAUGGCAGAGAUGCAUCAGGGGAACAUGCUUCAGCAGCGCAGUAGUAACCUGAUGAUGAUGGCCAGUCAAAUGGGACAAGGAAGGUAUCAUCCAGAUUUCUUACAGACAGGAGGUAGGAUGCUAUUUGGUGCUCCACCUCCUAGAGUGAGCACAGAGGAACGCUUUCCCUAUCAAGCGGAGAUGAUGAGACAAAACCAGGCUAUGAUGUUUGGUAUGGCUCCACCGGCAAUCGAGAAGGGAAGGUUUGAAGAACUCUUUCAGCAGCAAAGAGGUAUGAUGAUGGACAUGGCUGCUAGGGGAAUAGGUGACUCCAGAAUGCAGGAGUUUUAUCUAGGACGGGGAGGGAUGGUUGAUCCUAGUCCUAGAGAGGCCAUCCACUCCAGGAAUCAUGUAGACUUUGGACACCCUCGGGUGGGAAUGGUGAUGGGUAUGAGCCAUGAUGGAUGGCGAGGCUCUGCAGAGAAUGUAGACACUGGUGAAGCUGAAGAUAUCAGGCAUGAGGUACCACUAGAUGGAGUCGAGACGAAUCAGCUGAAGGUAGAAUCACACAUGACAGAGCCAAGUAGGGAACAUUUUAUAGAUAGGCCAAUCUUGCCACACAGAGCGGAGCAAAGCCCCGACAGUACUCCAAACAUGAACAUCAUCCAACCUAAUCAUACAUUUACAAAUGAAGGGAUUAUUAAUGAGAGGGCUGUUCAGAGGAUUCCAGAAACUGUGGGUACUGUGAGUAAUAAUCUUCCAUUACCUGGAUGUGGGUCGUUAGGAGUCAGAGACACAGUGGCAGAGAUGGUGAUGGAAAUGGAGAGAAGGGACAGAAAAAAGAUGCAAGAGAUGAGUGGUUCAGACGACACUAGCAGUUCGGACCAAUCCGAUUCAGAAUCGGAAGCAGAAGAAACGGAAGGAAACAAGCCGAAGCACCACAGUAUUCCAGCCCAAGUUUCACCUUGUGAAGUGGACGAGACUUCCAAAGUCCUGCAUCCUGAUAGGAAUGACCUAAAGCUCCCACAUGAUUCCUACUCCCAGGAGAGUGGGAGUGAGAGUGAUGAAUCUUCCGUAGCUCCUUACCAUGACCUUGAAAAGAACCCAUCUUCUGUUAGUUCCCAGGAUGAUGCAGAAUCCCCCGGUCCUACCCUGGCAUUUUCUUUACCAGCUCCUAUGACUAUGAAAGCAAAGCUGAUGGCUGCAGUGCGCCAAGAUAUCAAGGAAGAGGAAAUGUCUGGAGAUUUGAGAACCCAUCAAAAUUCAGAUUUAUCCUCUGAUGAGAAACAUGACAGUGGGGAAGAAGCAGAGGAAAGUGCCAAUGAUGAAGCAGAUCCCAAGCUGCCCGAAAAAAAUCACGAAAAGUCCCUGAAUACCCUGCAACAAGAUAGUCCUGACAGUGACUUAUCCUCACACCCGGACAGUCAGCUUGACAUCAAGUGUGUCAGGAUGCCAAUGUGGCGUUGGAUCGGCCCCAAGCAGAGCAAAAGCACCCGCGUGACGCGGCAAAGUACCAAAAAGGGUAACCUGACGAUCCGAUUAGUCAAGAGGAAACAACCGCCAAAGAAACGUGGCAGAAGAAGAAAAGCUGUUGCUGUACCCAUCACCAAAGAAAGCUUCCCGACAGCAGUGCCCUGCGCCCAUCCCACCUACAAGAGGAGGGGCAAGGUCUUCCAGAAAGUGGUGAUGGAGGACAUGGUAGUCAUGGAUGGACAGAUCAUGACAGUCGCCAAGAGAGGGCGUCCCAGGAAGAUCAGGACAGAAGGGGAACUCCCUCAAAAGAGGGUGAGACAAAAGAGAGUUAACCAAGACGACAAGGGACCACCAAAGAAGAGAGGCAGACCAAGGAAAGAGCAUGCUGAUAAAGAUCAAGUUAAAAAGGUCAAGAGAGUAAGAAGCAAGAACAACUUGCCUAGGAACGUCAAGCUCAUCAGCAUUCCUGCCCCACAAAACAUUGAGAGCGAAAAGGAUUCCCCGGACAAGAAGACAAGCCGCGUUGGCCAUGGAGGGAAGGACUUUGGCUGCCCGUUCUGCGGGAAAGAAUUUAAGUGUGGCUUCCGGCUCAACAAGCACAUGCAGACGCACAUCCCCAAGGAAGUCCUGGAGCAGAACAAUGAGGGAACCAUCCAGAUGCAGCUGGCCCUGUCACCGGAUCGAGAGAAGCGGAUGGUGCGCUUCGACCAGUGUCAGUUCUGCAAGCAACUCUUCAUGGACCUGAAGGCACACAUCCGCAGGGUUCAUUCUGAAGCAGAGGAACACCUCUGCAGCAUAUGCGGGCACGUGCUCCGCAACAAGGAGAGUCUCGUCGCGCAUGAGAAACGCCACAAGGUUGUUGCUGCAGGUAAGAAGGAGUUCGUCUGCAAGGAGUGUGGCGCCGACUUCUUCUUCCAGACGGGACUCAAUCAGCACUCGAAGCGCCACCUCUCAGAAAGGGCGUGCGUCUGCGAGAUCUGCGGGAAAGCUUUCAAGACCACGAAGGAUCUUGAGAAGCAUAAACUUGUCCACACGAAGCCACACUCAUGCCAGGUGUGCAAACGGCGGUUUGGGCAGAAGUCCAACAUGAAAGCUCAUAUGAGGCAGCAUUCCGGUGACAAGCCGUUCCGCUGUGACCUCUGCAGUGCUUCCUUCACUCACAACGUCAGCCUGAAGACCCACAAGAAGAACACUCAUGGCAUUGAUUGGUGGAAGGAGAACGGAAAGAAAGAAGAGACAGAUGAGAAAAUGGAGAAGAUGGCGAUCAUGAAUGCAUGCCUGGACUAUUUCGGCAAUACUGGCGGUGGGAAUGGCCCAAAGUGGGAACCACCCGUCCCUCCCUCUAAUCCCAAUUCUAAUCCUCAUCCUAACCCCAUUAAUCCGCUCCACUCUCUUAAUCCCAUCAACGCAUUAAACCCCAUCAAUCAUUUCACCCCUAUCAACCACGGUCAGAUGAGUGAGGGUAACGAUGACCACACCCCAAUGCACCUUCCACACUUCACCCCACUCAACUCGUUGAGUGCGAUGCACCCUGAUACCAGGCCACACCCACUUGAAGACAUCAAACCGAUCGUCUAGACACAUUCUAUCUUAAAGCUCGGUUCACACAUAGUGCAGUAAACCACGUUUAAAAUGCUUGGGCAAAAUGAAAAACCCUAUGCAUAGUGGGUUUCACAUUUCUGUUUGUUCUAAAGGGAAGCCAUUUUUCAGGCUUCUGCCUCAUUUCAGAACCUGAAAUCGCACUAAUUCAGACUUUUUCAGCCUUCAUGCUAUACAGCAUAUUUUGGGCUCCGAAAUGAUGAACCACUUUUCAUUCUCUUCAGAUACAACCAUCUGGUAGUUAAAACACAAGAUUUUGGCGUAGGCACCUUUUCAUCAUCCCAAAUUUCCAGUCAUUGAUGCGUGAAAUGAUUUUAUUAUGCCACAGCAUUUUUAUGAAGGCGAUUUACCUGUUCAAAUGUGAACAAGCCGUAAUAAUUUUUGUUUGUUUCAUUGUAAGCAAUACUUGUGUACCAUGUGACGUGAAUAGUUGAUCCUUCAUCUUUCAUGCAAAGCAGAAUCAAAGCCUAGCCUUGAAGCUUGUUGUCUCGCACUCAGAGUGAAAAAGAUAAACAGAAGUCAGUGUCAUUGAAAGGAAACACAUCCUAUCAACAAUUUUCCAUAGUUGUACAGAAUAAAUGUUAAUCAGUUUCAUACAAUGGUGGGAACGGAAUAUUAUGUGAGAUAGAGUUUAAUAGAGGUUACUGGAUAUUAUUAAUUUCAGCAAUAUUGGACUUGGCUAUUGCGUAUUAUUUAUAUAUAUAUAUAUAUAUAUAUAUAUAUAUAUAUAUAUAUAUACUUUAAUUCAUUUCGUUAGAUAGACAUGGGAUGGAAAUAACCUGUAGUGUAUUGUGUUUUUGCCCAAAUUAACUUGCCAUUUAUUGCAUCAUUGGACUACUCGAAUAUUCAAACAGCUCUAAGUGAAAUCCUUCUGAGUGAAAUCCUUUAAAUUAAAUGUAAAUGUAUAUUAGCACUGUUUAACAUCAUCAAAAUGUACAAUUAGUUCUUGUAGUUUUCAAAUUUCACUUUUUAUUUCGUCUGAUAUAAGCUGGAGUACUCGGAGAGAUAAUAAGGUAAUACAGUCAAACCUGUCUACAGGGACCGCCCAAGGGAAACACAAAAAGUGGUCUUUGUAGACAGGUGGUCUUUGUAGACAGGUUCCUUUAGUACAUGUUUCAAUGAGAAACUAUUUUCAAGGGAAACAAAAAAUGUGCUUGUUGUAGACAGGUGGUCACUAAAGCAGGUUUUACUGUUCAAUGGUCAUAUCAUUUAAUCAUCUGAGAUGUGCGGGGUAAUGUAUUGGGCAAAGUGGUUUGGACUGGCCCUUGCAAGUACUGACUAAAGUAUUUCAAAACAUCCUUCCAAGAAUGUUUAAACUUGUGAUAUAAUGUUUGGAAACAAAUGAGUCUUUUUAAUGUUGUCACCAACCACUCAAAGAGGUCCUCGCCAAAUCAGACAGAGAGGGCUGCAUUAUAGCUCAGUAUUUUAUUAUUUUUUUUAUUAUUGGUCUAGAAUUCUGUUAUGGAUGAUCUUUUGGUUUGUAUGGC